AACCCGGAGGCAUUGUGAAUCAUAUUUCCGGCAACUCUGGUGCUCCACGUGUUUGACCCGGAAACCCAGUGACUUGUUUUGGAUACUAAUCGCAUCGGCCUCGCAACUAUGGAGCCGCUGCCGGGUCCGAGCGCUGCUUCUCUGCCCCAGGACCUCGCCUCCUUCCUGCAGCAACAUCCAGCCCUGCAGCCGAGCGCCGACAACCGGGUGAAAUGUUCCCUGACUGGGCACGAGUUGCCGUGCCGACUGGCUGAUUUACAGGCCUACACAAAGGGCAAGAAGUACCAACGCCUGGUGAUGAAGGAGCCAUUUAACUACAGUCAGUUCGAGCCUCACGUUGUGCCCAGCACAAAAAACCCACAUCAGCUGUUCUGUAAGCUAACAAUCCGUCACAUUAACAAGGUUCCACAACACGUACUCCGGCAUGUGAACGGGAAACGGUAUCAGCGGGCGCUGGACAAAUAUCAGGAGUGCGUGGCUCUUGGGAUCCCCUUCGUCCCAGCGUGCCUGUCCCAAAAGCAAAAACGGAAUCGCGACUCUGAUCGGAAACCUCGUCACAAAUCCAAGUUCUGGGAGCCGGAUGAGAGUGGGAGCGAGAGUGCCGGCUCGGAGGAUAGUUUGAGCGACCUGUACCCAGAGAAGGUGUUCAGCAGACAAGAAGCACCUGGGGAAGAGGCUGAAAUGAAUGAACUCCCAAACGAGCACAAUGACGAUGAUAAGAUGGACGUUGUGACACAGGCGCCAAGGAAACGGAAACACCCACAACAAAAUCCUUUUAUUAAAAAGAAAUUGAAGAAACAACAUACUGGAAAAUCUAACAAUGGCAUUAAGUUUUAGAACAAAUCUGGAUAAUGGAACUCUACAUUAUCUACACGUCAGCUGCCACGGAAAAUGCAUGCUGAGAACUGUACAAUUUUUGUAUAGAAAGUAAAAUUGAUCUGGUAAAUGCAA